CAAACGAGGUUGCUUCACUCCGGUAGUCCCUGCCCGGCCGAGCUCCGGCCUGGCCAGCCCGCGUCCCAGAGAUAGACAGAGUCUCUCCUGAAACAGACAGGGAGGGACCGGCUGCACGGCUGGAGCGCAGCCCGGCCCGCACCUGUGCCUGUAGGCGGAGCGGAGGGAUGAGCCUGGCAGCGAAGGGAGUUCUUGGCAAGAUGUGGAAGGCCACCAUCUUGUGGGUCCUGUUGACCCUGGAGCCCAGUGAAGGCCUUUUCCGCUCCUUGUAUGGGAAUGUUCGUGUCUGUAGCCCGAGCCACGGAGACCCAGGACAGCCACUGUUCCUCACACCUUACAUCAAAAGUGGAAAAAUUCAGGAAGGCAAACAAUUGAGUCUGGUCGGCCCAUUCCCAGGAACCAAUGUGAAGAGUUACUCUGGCUACCUCACCGUGAAUGAAACCUAUAACAGCAACCUCUUCUUCUGGUUCUUUCCAGCUCAGGAAAACCCCAACGAUGCUCCAGUUGUUCUCUGGCUGCAGGGGGGACCCGGGGGAUCCUCAAUGUUUGGACUCUUUGUUGAACACGGGCCUUAUGUUGUGAACAAGAACCUUACAGUUCGAGCACGAGAUUUUCCUUGGACUGUGAAAUUCUCCAUGCUCUACGUCGACAACCCGACUGGCACUGGCUUCAGCUUCACUGACGAUGCCCGAGGAUUUGCAGCCAGUGAAGAUGAUGUAGCAAGAGACUUAUACAGUGCACUCACUCAGUUUUUCCAGUUGUUUCCAGAGUACAGGAAGAAUGAUUUCUAUGCUACUGGAGAGUCUUAUGCAGGAAAAUAUGUGCCUGCGAUUGCCUAUUACAUCCAUCUCCUCAAUCCCACGGCCAAGGUCAAGAUCAACUUGAAAGGUGUUGCUAUUGGCGAUGGCUUUUCUGAUCCAGAAACAAUCAUAGGAGGCUACCCAGGAUUCCUGUACCACAUCGGUUUGUUAGAUGAGAAACAGAAAAAAUACUUCCAGAAACAAUGUGCUGAGACCAUCAAAUACAUCAAGCAGGAGAAGUGGAGAAAGGCCUUUGAAAUUUUUGAUAGCCUGAUGAACGGUGACUUAACAAGUUACCCUUCAUACUUCCAGAAUUCUACAGGAUGUUCCUAUUAUUUUAACUUUUUACGGUGUCAGGAACCAGAAGAAGAAAAAUACUUUGGGUACUUUCUAUCAUUGCCAGAAGUGAGAAGAGCCAUCCACGUGGGCAACCUGACUUUUCAUGAUGGUUCCGAAGUUGAGAAGCACAUGUGGGCAGAUUGGUUCAAGUCGGUGAAGCCAUGGUUGGCUGAGAUCAUGAACAACUAUCGGGUGCUGAUCUACAGUGGACAGCUUGAUAUCAUAGUGGCGGCGUCCCUCACCGAACGUUCCCUGAUGGUCACAAACUGGAAAGGACUCCGUGAUUACAAGAAGGUGGACAAAAAAGUUUGGAGGGUGCACAGCUCUGAUGUGGAAGUGGCUGGUUACGUACGGCAAGUUGGAGAUUUUCACCAGGUAAUUGUUCGGGGCGGAGGACACAUCUUACCCAAUGACCAACCCCUACGGUCUUUUGACAUGAUCAACCGCUUUAUUUUUGGAAAAGGAUGGGAACCUUACUGAUGGCUACCAGAAAUCCUCAGAGGAACUUAGGGGCUUUACCUCUCAAGAGAAAAUAUAGAAAAUUGAAAAGAAUCUGUGAUUUCUAGAAAUCUGUUUAUAUUACUACAUCUUCACUCAAAUUUUUAAAUUGAUAAGAAAAUGUUUUCAUUGUUUAAAAAAUACAUUUCAAACAAAUGAUAACUUUUUUCCUCCUCCAAAAAUGAACUUUACAGAAGCAUUGUACAGCCAUGAGGAUUAUGUGAUUUAUUUUAAAGUAAGAAUGAAUUGUGGAAAGAAGCCUGAACUGGAGUCAGGAGACUAGCUCUCCAAUUUCAGCUGUGCUGCCUCACAGCUGAAUGACGUUGGACAGCGAGAUACAUUGAGCCUCAGGCUCCAUGUCUGUAUAGUGAUGGGGGCUGGGGGGGGUGCGGAAAUGCAUUUCUUACUUGACCAGAUUGUUGUGAAGAAAACACUUUGGAAACUGCAUGGUUCCUAAGAAAUGUGAUUUGUUAUUAUCCUAUGACAUUUAUUCAAUUGGGGACAGUGGUUCCAUAGAAAUCAGAAAAGAUUUGUAUGAACUGAUGCAAAAUGAAGCACACAGAACCAGGAGAACAAUUUAUGCAUAACAACAUUGUAAAGGCAAACAAUUUUAACAAAACCCAAGAACUCUGAUCAAUGCAGUGAUCAAACAUGAUUCCAAAAGAUCAGUGAUGAAGAAUGUGAUCCACUAGAGAGGUGACAUAGAGAAGAUCAACUCAA